CGUCCAUGGUUGUGAAAGUCAUACAGAUCACCAGAUUGAGUUGGUCUUUUAUAUAUUAAAGUUGGCCGUCGUUUUACACAAUCUUUGAUCAAUAACUAAUUAUAAAAUAUAUGUUUUUUUUGGAUGACAUUACGACAAUCGCGUGCUGAUACGUUUACCAGUUUGAGGUAUGAAACGCACUAGCCAGCUAACAAGUGUUCACAGCAUGAUCGGAAACCCGGAAGGUUGAACUGUCAUCAGUUAAUUGAAUUGUGUCAUAUUUAUAUGUAGUAGUUAAUUAGGUAUUGCGAACACGAUAUCUUGGCCUUCCAGGACAAGAGCACACAUCUGGCUGUGCUACAUUUGUUUGGAUUGGUUAGCCAGCCACUGCAUUUCUUUGUGAAUCAAUAGACUGAUUUGCUGUCAUCAUGUUUGGACACAUAGCGAGAAGACUUGGCCACCUCUACGGCCAUCAGAUAUCAAAUGGACUGAGAAGAAGCAACCUUUUUCAGCUGUCCUUUAAAGAGACCAGACGUCCUGUAUCGACGAUGUCGCUGUGGCCCUUCAGCGCAGCUCAGUCGCGGGACUUCAGUCAGCCCAACUCAUCGUGGAGUCCCGAGAUGCGCAGACUGUACGAUCACUAUAAUGCACAGUGUGAGGUAGAGACCGAUAACGGAGAAAAAACAAGGGGGCCUUGGCGGAAGUUACCCAGCUACAACCGAUCCCUCAAAUAUGCUACAGGGGGCGCAUACCUCAGCAAGUUGAUCCAGGCAAAAUCUCGACUUUUCACAAGAAGUGUUAAAGAGCAGGGUGCAACAUUCGAAUAUGUGGUAUUUGUCAAUAAGGAGGAGAAGAGCUGCGUUUGUGUGUUUCAGGCAGGACAUUUACUGGAAGGGGCACCUGGGCAUGUACAUGGCGGAGCCAUAGCCACCAUGAUUGACACAGUGACGGGUACUCUUGCCGGCUACCUGUCAGGACCAAUUAUGACUGCCAAUCUUAACAUCGACUACCGCAGUCCCAUGCCUCUGGGUAGUGUGGUUCUAUUCCACAGCACUCUGGAUAGAAUAGAGGGGAGGAAAACCUUUGUCACUUGCAAAGUGACCAGCACUGAUGAGUCCAAACUCCACACAGAGGCCACAGCUCUAUUUGUGUCAAUAAAUGUGGGCCAUUUAUUUGGAGCACGAAGCUGAAAGUAGCCCAGAAUCCACCACAGGGCUGUGUGCAUAUGUGCAUAUCUUUAUACAUGUGAGUGAGAUUGCAGGUGUGUGUGUGUCUGAGGUGGAUUGUGUGUGUGUUUGCGCGCACGUGCAAUGACCAACUGAUCUAGCUGAUAUUUUACCUCAGCUUUGUGAAUGAGGUAUUCAGAAAUGCACACAUGUAAGAUUUACACAGAAUCCUCCAUGUAUUCACCACUGGCUGCCUCAUUAUUUAUAAUAACAUUUUAUUAAUCUUUUAUAUUUAUUUAGAGUGUAUCUACUUUUUAAUCAUUUGGUUUCUGUAGUAUUAUAAGGAUUGCAAAAUGAAAACCUCUGUGGUCUUUACACUUUUUAGCAGUGCCAUAUUGCUUAUGGUGUUCAAGAAAAUUUGAGCAUAUUGUGUUUUAAAUGGAAAUUUGUUAAUUUAAAUGACCUUAUUAUGCUUAUUAUUAUUGACUGAUAACAUGUUUAUCUGCCAUCAUUCUUUAACAUUAA